AGAGUCGAGGGAGAGCUCCUUCUUGGACAACAUCCUGUGAUGGAGGUGCGAGAAGUUGUGAAGAAAUCGGAAUAAAUAGAUACGUAACUUCACACCAUUUCCAAGAAAAGAUGGAGCUCAUCGACCCGACUUCCUCUCUCGCCUCCCAGGCAACCUGUCCGGUGUGCCUCGAGUUGAUCGACACCGUCGCUCACGAGGCCACCUGUUGCGGCCGCCUCGCGUGCGCCGUUUGCGCGGGAAAACUAGCCACGCGACCCAACUGCUUCAACUGCCGGAAACCGCUGGGGACGGAAUUUCGCUUCCAGAAAAGUCUGUUCGCGACGAGACUUUUGCAACAGGAGCAGGUGCGCUGCAAGAGCUGUGCAGGCGUGAUGACCAUGGCGGAGUGGCGAAAACACGUGAAAAUCACUGACCGCGACUGGGUCGACACUUUUCCUUGUCCACACGUCCGCAGGAAGUGCGUGCACGAAAAUUGCGAGUUUGAAGGAAAUAUCAAAUGCAAAAGUGUCUGGGUCUGGAACAAUGCAAGAUUUGUCAUGCAUAUUUCUCAUGGCCCAUGAUGCCUGUAAUGCAUGACUUAGCAUCGCAGACUUUUAGAGGGCUUCCGGAUGCAUCUUCCGCAUGAGAAAUGCCCUGUCCGUGUAGCACAAAUUAUACCCCUCUUGCUGGUCAUGCAAUACAAAUUUUUUUAAAGUCCAAAAACAGCAUGACAAGUUGCAAUCUUCCAGACCCAGACAUUUUUACAUUUGAUAGGAAAUUUGGCGGAAAUGAAACACCACGUGGCGAGGGAAUGCUCGGAGGUAAUACGUAUUGAUAGUGAUAAAGAGUUGUCGCGCACAACGACAUACUCUACUCGGGGUGAGUUUCGCUUUCGAUUACAACAUGCUUAUGUUUAAAAAAAUUGUAUAUAUAAGUGCAAAACGGUCAUAUAUGAUUUCUGCGUUUGUUCCUGAUAGGACAAGCGUAACCUUCCGUUUUAUCUUCCUCCCACUGCCCUAACCGCAGGGUUACCGCGCGCUGGACGCCGAGGCAUGGCGGCUGUGUGGGGGCGCGGAAGGCCUACGAAAAUCUAUGUUCACCAUUCAGCGCGUGUUGAAAAAGAUCGACCCCACCAUAUGACUUGCUCAAACGUUACAAUCUCAAACGUUACAAUAGAAUCUGGAAUUUGUGUCGCAUGAUGAGCAUGACAGAGUCGCACAGCGUUCCAUCUUUUGCAAUACAAAUUUCGCCAGAUUGUCGUGGGGUUUAGGGCUCCGGAACUUGUCAUGCGCAACCCUAUGAGACUUGGCUAGAUCAUGCACUCUUGCAUCACAGAUUUCCAUAUUCUAUUGUAGUUCUUGAGAUUGUAACACUUGAGCGGGUUAUACACCAAAGCCAUCGAAGAAGUUCCCGCGCUGGCGGCGAAAUUGUGCGACGUGAAGAUUUAUCCUGUGCAAAAGUAUCGUACUCGCACUAAUCGCAUUUAUGCAUGACAAAUUUUUUUGUCAAGUUAAAUCCGCAUUACAGAUUCCAUUUGUCAUGCUGGCCAAAUUUGUAAUGCGGUUUCUACUAGUACGAUGCUUUUGCAAUGCAUAAGAUUACCGCCAAUGUGUUCAUUUCCGCCGCAAAAGACUACGUGGACCACCUCCCGAACGGCUGUAUCUUCACCUCCUACGUUGAGCUGGAGCAAGCCCCUUUCUCGGGGCCGUUGUUCACCCUGCUGACCAGACGCAAGCAGGUGCGGGAAGCGGUUCAAAUAAAUCCUCAGGAGAAUCAUGUUGCGGAUCAUGUGGACGAGGACGGCGCCGCAUAUGGAGUAUUAAAACAGCAGCAAGAAGUAAAACCACAGGGGGAGGGGGAGGGCGAGCAAACUAUACUCACAGUAAAUUUCCCGCACAAACACGUACAAAUGCUGUUUCUGCAUGACAAAAUUUUUCUGCAUAUUUUAGUUAGCAUGACAAGUUGCUUCUUCUAAGUUGGUGAAAUUUGUUUUGAUGCAUGUUGUAGAUGUACGGGAAAUUUGUAUUGCAUAAACUACUACAAAAACCAACAAAGUCCCCAUCUCCACGACCGCCGACCUGAUCCGAACCGUUCGGGAGUGGGACCGGGUGCUGUAUGCGUUGCAAAUAUGUCUGGGUGUGGAAAGAUGGAACCUGUGCUGCUGCCUCUGGAAGAUUCUAAAAAAAACUGUAUUGCAGGAACAGCGAGAGCACUCUACCGUUUGCUACGCGGGAAUGGCGUUUCUCAUGCGGGAGAAGCAUGAUCAGGAAGGCCUAACAAUAAAACCAGUGAUAGAGAUACUUCUACUCUUCGUUCUCGGGCAUGCAUUACAGUCACCGUAAGUCAAGCAAAAUGUGCAUGACAAACUCCUCCACUCAUCCAGACCCGCCAGACACAUUUGCAAUGCAUAUGCUGUCCAAAUGGCCGAAGCUGCCCGGAGAAUUGAACCCACUGCAAGACUUCCAAGUCCGCAACGCGUACAUUACGGUCGUAAAACUCUGCGUAGUAGGAACUGCAAAUAUGUCUGGGUCUGGGAGAUUGCGAGAUUUGUGUUUGUCAUGGUAGACUGGCAUGACUCCAAACUCUGUAUUGCGUGCCCGCGAAGAGGUCCUGCUGUCUGUCAUGCAAAAGCGCAGUUUCUCAUGCGAAAUACGCAACUCUGAACCACGGAAAAACUUGUCAUGCUGGGGAGCGCAUUACAGUGUGCUCAAUAUUCCCCUCCUUCCAUCACAAGUUUCCAGACGCAAACACAUUUGCAUCCGAUACGUAGUGGACGACUACAAUUUGCUCCCCUUCGCGGAUCGGCCGAAACCGCAGGAAAUCAUCCGGGAAAGUAGAAUGCAGUCCAGACACUCGAACUUGCUCGGCCGCAUAGACAGCAACGACUUCUCGCCCUGCUUCCAACAAGCGAAAGAAGCCUGGAAGCAAGCCGGAUUUGAGCUGGGCGGGGGUGAGGAAGAAGAAGCGGGAAAGAGGAAGAGCCUGAAGAGAGGACAUCAAGGGAAAACAAAUGACAACACGCUGCCAUCUACUUGUACUUCCUCUCCGUCGACAGGAACGAUAACGAAUCGGAGUCGGAGUCCGCGCCAGAAUCGGAGAACCAGAAGCGACACAAAAAAUACCGCCUCGACUACUUCUUCGAAGAACUCUGUCAACAUCAACCAACCCUCGUCUCGCUGGAGCUGCUCGUCCAGUAGCAGCGUCGGAACCGAAAACGAACGAGCGCAGGGCUUGCUGCACUACCCAUUGACGCUAUGCAUUGCAAAUAUGUCUGGGUCUGGAAGGAUGCGAACUUGUGAUGCGCGUUUCACAUGACACAAAAAUCUGUCAUUUGCAUGGAAGCCAAAAGCUGCACAUUUCUGGCCACCGAAAGAAGGGCUUUUUCGUGCGAAUUACGCAUUGAGAGACAAGACCUUCUAAAAACCUGUGGUGCUGGGGAGUGCAUGGUUGCCCUUCUGGGUCAUCCCAAAGCUGCAUCACAAACCUCUGCAUCCUUCCAGGCCCAGACAUAUUUGCAUUUGAUAAACGCAAACGCAAAGCAAUGGCAGGCCCUCACUCGUUAUCCUGUGCAAAAGUAUCGUACUCGUACAAAUGCAAGUCUUGCAUUACAAAUCUUGUUUCCAAGGCAAAUCUGCAUUUUACAAAUUUUAUUUCUCAUGCUGAGGAAAUUUGUAAAAUCAAAAUGCAUUUAUACGAGUACGAUACUUUUGCAGUUCAUACUCGUACCGUUGCCGAAGCAUUUCCGUCCACCAGGAUCAUUGCAGAAGCCGCGGCCGAAGGUGGAACGACGAUCUUCAUCUCAAGGUGGAUUGUUCGGCGAGGAGAGGACCUCAUCUGCGCACAACGAGCACGGAACAAUCAUGGCAUCCUCGUGGGGGAGCCACCACCCGCGGCUUAGUGAUUGCGACUUGGCGCAGCGAAUAGAAGCACUGGAACGUAAAACAAGCCGGAUGAUCAUGAGCGCACCACCAGAAGGAACGACGAGCACUUCUUGUUCAUCUAUGUUGCCCGCAGAAGCUUCCAGAGUCGCGCAGCACGCGACGAGAAGCUCGUUUACGAGGAACAAGAACUCAAGCACAACCACUUCUUCUGCCUCCUCUUCUGCACGACCUGCGGCGCAAGCAGAGCACGACGCGCGGAGUCAACAACCUCGUCCCGUGCUGAACCUCAACUAUAAACCCAUAUCGAGGGCUGUCAGGAGUUGAUUUUGGAGUCGAAGACGAUGAGAUGACGAGAGAGUGACAACACUCGAAUAGGCUUCUGGCGGUAUUUUGUUAAUAUUAGAUGCAUAUCUUCGCGGGCUGAUCCUAAUGUUUUUUUUUUUUUGAUUCGGUGUGUCCACGAAGCCUAACACACUUAUUUUUCAAUCCUGCGUACUUGAAUUUCUCGUCAUGGCAUAUGAUCUGUGAUUUUGCUUUAGUUUCACGAGUAUGAAAUGUAAAACUUCAUCACAGUCACUCUCUCUCAUUUUUUGUCCCAAUAAUUUUUUGAGGAUAACUUCUUCGUCGAAGAUUCUCAGCUCGCCACCGCAUGAAAUAAUGGCUUUUCUCCAGAAUCUUGUACAAAAAUAUCAAUGGAUAUGGAGGUGAGCCGCGAUCACCACGCUCACAAAGUUCAUUCCCAAUUGGAUUUGAUGUGGAAGGAGUUUACGAAAAUGAAUCUUGAUAGCUUACUUAAUACAUGUUUGUGUAGUUUGUGGUCGGUAGGCCAGCAUAUCUUUGCCAUGCCGGGUGCUAGUGCCCGCAAAGGCAGAUCAUGGUAUAGAUGCGCAUGGUGCCUUGAAUGUCAUAUUGUGGAAAAAUGGUACUUAUUUCGUUUCGUUUCCGCACGGACCCAUUAUAUAUAACGAUCCCCGGUUGCGCUUCGAUGGGGGAAAACUAUAUUAUAAGUGGAUGACGUUUGUCGAUUUACUUAUUUAGGUCUCGC